CUGGCUUCUAUGGAUAUGAUGAGUCUCAAUUCGUAAAUCCGAACACAUGGUCUUCAAAACAUAUCGCCCAGUACAAACUUCUAUAAGUGUUUGGUUAAAAAAUUCCUUACUUACUCAUCAGAUUAUUUUCUUGUUAUUAAUGGGAAUUCUUGUGGGUCUAUCAUGUUGGCUACUAAUUUGGACAUCUCGGUUUUCUGACUUCGAAAUUAUCAUGAAGUCCUAUUACUUUUCUUCCGGAAAGCUUGUAUUGCUUAUUUCAUCUAUAUUUGGAGCUGGAGUGGCUGUUUUUGGAUACUGCAUUUUCAACGUUGAUAGUCCUACUUUGUUACUAAUUCACAUAAUUAGCAACUUUAUCCUUAUUUGGGCGUUUCUGUCAGUAAGCGUUUGUGGAUUUUUGCUAUUACUGGAGUUGGACAUAGAAUUACCAGGUAAAUUUACAUCAGCGAUAACGAAAUAUUAUGGCAUAAAUAUGUCAAUUCGUCGAAAUAAGGAUUUGACUGCUGCAUUAAAUGAGAUUCAAUUCAAAUUUAAGUGUUGCGGUACGCAUGGUGAAAAAUCAAGUAAUUAUUCAUGGUUUAUUUAUAGAGGGUCAAGCACGUGGUUUUACAUUACACAAGAGCUAGGUCUAAAAUCGACGGUCCAAUACGUUCCAGAAAGUUGUUGUGUUUUAAAAAGUCACAAUCUUCAAUUCAAUUCUUUCUCAGAAAUUCAGUCGCAAAGUGGUGUUUUCCUAGACAGAGAAUUAUGUAUUGGUUAUAAGUCACUUACAACAAGAGACGAUAUUGCACCUCGUAUUGAUAAUCCAUUAUAUACCACUAGAAGUAAUACAUAUCUAUAUGAAAAGGUAAAAAUCAUCAACAAUGUCCAGUUUUUUCUUGAAUGUUUUGCUUUUCUAGGGAUGUGUAACGGUAGUCAGACAAGAGUAUCAACAAUAUUCUAUCAUGUUAGCUGCUUCAGGCACAACUGCUCUGGUGCUAUCUAUAGUUGGAUUUAUUCUUUCACUGGUUCUACUAUUCCAUAUUGAAUAUCAACAAUUUGUUAGAAUUUCAACGGACUGGAAUAUUAAUACUAGUACAAUUAAUAUAAAGUCAUCUAUACAAGACAAUAUCAGCACUACAUCUAAACAGUUAUCAGAGAAUGAAGUGUUAGUUAAAGCCUAAAAUAUACCUAUUGAGUUACAUUACUUUAUAUUUCUGUAUAUUAUAUAUACAUUUUUUUUC